AUGGCUACCUCCACAAACACAGCUCUGACUGCGUUGAUCAGUGUUAAGUUGAAACCAGCCCGUGCCAUCCAACUAGUACACACAGAUGAAUCUGGGCAACUGCAACUAAAUGAAUCUGCUGUACAGACCUGUUUUCUGGAUGGAGAGAUAUCAGACUACCCUGUGUGCCUAAUAUGUGUGAUCGGAGAGAAACGUCGGGGCAAAUCCUUUCUCAUGAACUAUAUACUCAGGGCUCUGUCCUGCCAGGAGCAGGCCCAGCCACUCAGUCUGGGGGCAGAUGAUGACCCCCUUAGUGGGUUUGAGUGGAGAGAUGGAAUAGAGAGUACAACAAAAGGUAUUUGGAUCUGGAGCAAGCCCUUCAUUCUAGAGAACAAUGGAGAAAAGAUGGCCGUGUUUGUGUUGGACACAGAGGGCUCCCUGGAUAUUCAGAGUUCAAGAGACAUUUGCCUUAAGCUGUCUGCAUUAUCCAUGAUCCUCAGCUCCUACCUGAUCUUCAAUGUGAACUCAAAUUUGAAGACCACAGAUUUGGACUAUCUUGAGAUGUAUCUAGAUGUUGCUGAAAAUGUUGGAAAAUCAUUUGAUCUGCAGUCCUUACAGCACCUCAAUAUCCUUAUACGUGACUGGCAUGAUUUUAAGAGAUGUGGAAACAAAGAUGCUUGGGAAUAUCUUAUUCAUGAGACUGAGAAGCUGCAAAAGGAACCUCAGUUCAAAUCGGUGUCAGAGACCCUGAGAGGCCCAUUAGCAGACUGCUCGCUCCUGCCCCACCCAGGGAGAGGUCUGCUGGUUGAUAGUCAAGGGAAGUUAUCAGAUAUGAAAGUGGAUUUUAGGAACCUUCUAACAACCUACAUAUUCACCCUGGUGGGAAACCUUUGGCUCUACAGAAAAACCAACAGACAAGAGGAAAAGGUGACAUGUGCUCAGCUGGCAAGUAUAUUAAAGAGAGGUGUGAACAUUUUGCAGAGUACACAGCACCACUUUGCCUCCCCAUUACAGAUGUUUUUUACCUUUGAAAAUCACAAGAACAUGGAAAAAACGAAAAAUCAAUUCCAAAAGUAUAUAAACAGAAUGUCAAACGAAGCAGAUUUUCUGAGGAGUAGAUGGAAUGUGAAUCCAUUUCAAAUGGAAUCCAGUAUCAAGUAUAUGGCAACCAAAUUCCUGCGUGACUUUAAAGAAUCAUUUCAAGGGGUUGAUGCCCAAGAAAAGGAGAGGCUUGUAAAUGAACUGCAAUAUUUUUUGUUAAAACAACAGCAACAUUUCUGUAAAGACUACUCAAAGAGUUUCUAUGGAUUUCAGAAUCACAAGAGGAUGAGGAAUAUUAAGGAGAAGUUUCUGACUCAAAUAACCCUAAAAGAAUAUGAAAAGUUCUCUCUCAUCAAGAAGGGUCGUCACCCAAUAAGAAUACAGAAUAAGUUGCGCAAUGAAGUUAACAAAUUGCUGAAUAAUUAUAAAGAAUCCCUUGAAGGCAUUGAUGAGGAACGGGAGCUUCUGCUUCUCAGUGAAAUGGAAUCAGAUCUUUCGCAAGAGAUAGAAAAAUUCUGUAAAAUGUACAGGAAGAUAUUUGAUGCUUGGAAAAGGAUGGAAGAUUCCAAGAAAAAAAUCAAGAAACUUCUAGACCAAAUAAAAGAAGAGUCUUCAUCAUCUCUAUGGAACUUGAUGAAUACACCAUCUGUAAUGCAGUCCAAGAUCAAGGAACCUAUCAAUAUACACUUGCUUGACUUUAUAAAUUCACUUGAGGGCAUCGAUAGUGAAGAUCAGACAAUUAUUAAGGAGGAGCUCAUAUCACAUUUGAUGGAAAUGGAGAAUGAGUUUUGUAAACAGUACUCCAGUGACUACAGAAGUACAAUCGAGUGGAUUAAGCGCGUUGCACCAGUUGGAGCAUAUGGUUUAUUUGCGUUCAAGGAGAUUAUUAAAAACAAAACAGUUGCUGCAGCAAUAAAAUUUGGUGGAGUGAUGCUGCCAGGAGUCAUUGGAGUUGUUGUUAUAGGCAGUACCAUUUUAACGUUGAGGCGCAUGUAUGCAAAUAAGAGCACACAGUAUUAG